AUGGGUUUGUACGAAACACUUAAUGAUCAAGCGCGUGUGGGACCGUUACGACUUUCGACUGGUAAGUUUUCAUUAUUCGUUGUAAUUUCAAACUUCAAAUUUUGAUUUCAAACCUAAAAUUUAAGCUUAAAAUCAAAAAUUUGAUUGUCAAGACUAUGUUUUAAGACUAAAGGUUAGAUAUUUAGCCUGUAAUCUGACCUUUAAACCUAAAUCAGUGGGUUUAAGGCUAUGAGUUGGAUAUUAAAUGCAGGGUUUAUAUUUGAACUCUAAAGUUUAUAUUUUAAGCUUAAAGGUUAUAUUCUAAGCCUACAGUUUAUAUUUUAAGCCUAAAGUUUACUUCCUAAGCCUAACGUUUAUAUUUUAACCCUGAAGCUUAAAAUUUUAAAUCUAAAGCUUAAAUUGUAAGCCUAAGGUCUAUAUUUAAAGCCUAAAGUUUAUAUUUUGAGCCUGGAGCUCAAAUUUUAAGCCUGAAGUUUAUAUUUUAAACCUAAAAACUAAAUAUUAAGCCCAGAACCUUGCUUCUAAACUUUAAGCUAAACAUUAAGCCUAAACCAAAGAAUCAAUGCCAAUGCCACUUUCAGUAAUCCUAAUCGCCACCACCGUGCUCUACCUUCUGGUUACUGUGAUCGUCGCCGUGAUCCUUCAACGUGCCAUUGGCAAGCCUUCCGCCACCGAAGAACCGUCGAAGAAACGCAAACCAGCAGGCAAAAAGAAGGUCAGCGACCAGAAAUCGAGCACGAAUAGCAAGUCCAAGAAGCGCAAAGCCAACAACAACAACAACACCAGCUCGUCAAAGAAGAUGAAGAAGAAGGGUGGCGAGAGCAAAAAGGGCAAAAAGGGUGGUAAACAAAAGAAGAAGUAA